CAGACAGCGAGAGAGCAGAGGGAGAGGAGAGAGAAGAAAAGAGACGGCGGGGAUGUGCGUGACUGUGCGGUGAUCGGUGCUGCAGGUAAAGACAGAGCCGGAUACAGGUUAUAUAGCCGCACCGGAGCCCGCCUCUCUCCUCUUCACCCCCUCCAAUAAACCCUCCGCAAUGUCUGGCGGAGGAGAGGUACGCGUCCUCCGCCAAGAGGCCGGGCAAGAGAGCCCGAGGAUGCCGGCCUGGAAGCGAGAGAUACUGGAGAGGAGGAAGGCGAAGGGCGGCGGGUGUGCAGGAGCCGGUGCCGCGGAGACGAGCCCCGGCGCUGCGGGUCCGCAGCGGGUCAACGGCGAGCAGUCGGGAAAUGUAAACGGCAGCGGCGGCGGAGGCAACGGCAGCGGCAGCGGUAGCGGCAGCGGCGGGUCCGGGCGGAACUACACCAUCACCACGGCCAACCAACACUUCGCCAACAACAAAGAGCCACGGCCGACAGCCGCAGAGAGAACGGCACAGAGAGAGGAUGGCGGACCGGAGAGCCUGGUGCUACAGGAGAGCCUGGGCCCGCUGGAGGAGAACCCGUUUAUCAAGCUGGAGAAAGAGCGGAGGAGGCGGCAGGACCGAGAAAACGCCGCUCGUCCGGUCCAGCACAUCCUGGAGCUGUACGGCAGCGUCCCUGGUAUACGGACUAUCCGCGCCGAGAAUAUUAUCAUCAUUGAGUCGGACCCGGAUUACUUUCCUGACGGUGGGGGGGUAAAAACCGGGUCCAACUGGCAGCAGAACGGUGUCAGUAGUUACAGCUCCCUGAAUGACCUCCUGGACCGCAGAGGGAGUGCUGUUACGGAGAUAAGAGCUAAGGAAGUGGUCAUCUAUGACACCACGUUAAGCAAGAGUGAGGAGAACUUGAGCACCCUUGGCCGCCCUGAUCAUGAGCUCCCAUCAUAUAAGACAGGUGAUGGUCAAGGUAGGGUGAGUCAGAUGCUGCAGAAGUUCGACAGCAACUAUGGGAAGCUGCAGAAGAAGUCCCACAGCACAGAGAACCUGCUGGACCUGGAUUGUGCCAGCAGCAGGCCAAGACUCUGGCCCAAGCCACAGCCAGAUCUGGUGCCAAAGCCCAGGCCAGGCCCGUCGUCGCCUGUCUUCCAGAGUCCCUGGUCUUCCAAACCAAAGCCACAGCCUGCUGUCUCUGAGCCGGGCAGCCCCCAGCGCUCAACCGGGUCCCCACAGUCUGUGUCUUCCUUCCGUCAGCGGUUUGAGGAGAGUGGAGGCCAUGGCGCUGCUGUCAGCCCCAGAGAGGAGCCAGACAGAGUGCAAACCAAGCCCACCAGAGAGAGAGACUGGGAAGGCGCCGAGGUGCCCCCCAAUCCCAAGGUGCCAUGCUCUCCGGAGACCCGUCGUGCCCGUGCCGAGUCCCCCUCAAGCCCCAUCUCAUUUAAGGUGUCGCGCAACUCUUCUGACUUCGAGAUCCGUCCCGCUCCAAAACCAGACCUCGCCCGAAUUCCUGAUGGAGACACCCAGGCACGGGCCCUGGCAAACCUUCGUCUGCAGUCCCGAAACUCCUUCACAGUGAUCCCCAAGCGCAAUCUCACUGCCUCCCCUGCAGCAGGUCGGCCAGCACCACCCAGCCCCGUCAAGUCUUCCCCCUCUCAUAGAGUGGCAGAGCUGCCCACGCCAGGAGUGCCAACCUCCCACACCCCGACACCCACUCUGACACCCUCAAAGAGGAACGAGGAGAAACAGCAGGAGGAGGUGGAGAGGGUGGCGAGGUCACCCAAGCCUGACCCAUUUCCUCCCGUUGCCACAAGUCCUGCGCCUCCUCCGACCUCACAGCCUCUGUCUCCAUCUCCUCCUCUCGCCCCAGCUCCCUUCUCUCCACCUGCCCUGUCUUCACCCCCCUCUUCUCCGGCUGUCCCAUCUUCACCCCCUUUCUCUCCACCUGCCGCAUCUCCUGCACCCUCAGAGUCUCCCGCCCCAUCCCCUGUCCCUUCUACUCCCUCUGUGGCUCCAGAACCACCCCCCGCAGAUCGGCUGCCAGUAACGAACAUAGAUGACAUUGAGGUGGAGCCCCCCCAGCGCGUCCCUGUUCCCAGCCCCAUGGUGCAGAGGAGAAAGGGGAACACCUUCACUGUGGUGCCUAAACGUAGGGCGGAGACCGAGGGCCAGCCGAGCUCACCUGAGCCCCAACGGGAAACCUCAAGUGAGGCCCCACCGGGGUCCACGCCCCCACAGGCCCCGUACGCUCAGCUGGGCUCCCUGCUGAAGAAACGCUACCCUGCUGUGGAGGAGAUCGAGGUCAUCGGUGGAUACCUUUCCCUCGCAAAGUCCUGCCUCUCCAAGACGGGCUCCACAGGGAAGAAGCUCAAGAUCUCCUUCAAUGAGUCGAGUCUCCAGAGCACGUACGAGUAUCCGUCAGAGAGCAGCGUGUGGGACAGCGGGGAGGAGGACGAGGAGGACAAGCAGGACGAGAAGGCGGCGGACGAACAGCCCAGCAUGGUGGGACGCAUCCACAUCCCUCGACCCAGUUUCACCAGCUCGUCCUCGCACACGACCAACAGCAACGACCUUUCCAGCUAUGUUCCCAAGCACGCUGUGGACUUCAGCGCCUGGCAGGAACACAAACAUGAAGACAGUGUUUACCAGGAAGACGCCGCUUCUCAACAGACGCAGAUGACAGAGGAAGUCAUGCUCACGCCGGCAGACAGCUCCUCCCUGUCUGACUACAGCAGCGAGCCCGCUCUUUACUUCUGAUCAAAGGUCGGACCAAUCAGCUGUACAGUAGUACCUCACCUGCGGGACCAGACUGCAGCCGGAGCCCAGCGAGGACCUCCACACCUGGGCCCAAACUGCCUCCAGCUCUACACACUCCAGCCGGCUCCAAGCACAUCUUCCUGAUCAGACAGGAAACACAGUGUUGAUUUUAUGUUUUGUUUUGGGUUCUUUUUGGGCUGAUUUCCUGCCACGGUACCACUACUCCUCGCCACGUUAUCAACAGCAUAUCAAGAGUUUAACAGCUUUUCUUCCAGGUGACCGAUAUCAGAUUCGCACCUUCUUCCUCACCCGAAGCUCCGACCAAUCCAAAAGCAGCUGGACUGUCUUUCCCGCCCCUUGAUGAUCCUGGACAGUUGAUCUGUCAGCCCUCCCCGCUUCCUCAUCCUCUUCACUCACUUAACAAAAUAUCUGACAGAAUCAAAUCGACCGUCGGACUCCGGAGAGACGUCCGUCUUCCUCUCUGUUCUCUGGCUUCAGACGGCCUCUCCUGUGAUUCUCCUGCUUCCACGUCUGCGUCUCACAUUCGCUUCAGGUUGUUUGGGAGAUAUCGACGAACGCAGCAGAAAGCGAGGGGACCAAACUCCUUAAAAGAACAGGAAGCCGCCAGUGCCCACGUGUAGGCGACGCCACGGUGACAGAGUUCAGUGUUAGCAUGGAAACAUGUCAUUAGGACGUUCUCCAGAAAUGUAGGAUCUGGAGGACGUGUCCGCUUGUAUACAAGUAGAACAAUGGCAGACUCAUACACACAAAAACAAAAAAAAAUGGUAAAAGGGUGCCACAAUUGUAGUCUUUUUUUUUUUUUUUGUUUUUGUACCUGCAUGUUUUGAUUUUUGGUUCUUUUACUGUAAAGCUUCUGUAUGCCUUUUAGGGGUUUUUUGUAUGUUUUCUGGCAAACUAUGCUGUAUUGAAGCUGCUGGACGUUUGGUAGAAGAGUCUAACGGCAAGCAAACUUCAACACACUUCCCCUUCUCUGCGACGAGGGAGGAAAAAUAUAAAUAUGCACCCCCGGGGAAAGAUUUCCGUCAAUCAGUAGCAUCUCUGACUUCUGAUUAAAAUGCUUGAAGAAGUGACCUUGGCCAAUAAUGUCUGUAUGUCCGUAUUGCUGGUGACAAACGUACAGCAAAAUAUCAUCAUACUGUAGAAUGUUUCUGUAUAUCCUGUUUAUCAAAACGCUGUUAGACCUCCCGACACCUUCUCUCUGCCUCCUCGUGUAUUUAUUCCUGCUUAAAGUUGAAGUUUGCAUGUCUGAGACCUGCUCAUGUACUCUUUUUUUUUUUUUUUUUUUUUUUUUGUAAAGGCGAAUUUGCUGGUGUGGAAAGAACUGGAAGGGUGCGUUCAGACUGAACACCCCCAUCGGACGUUUGUUUGUUUUUUUUUUCUUUCCAGUCGGACCUCAUGUACUUUCACAUUCCACAGAGAAAGAAGCUGGUCCAUUGAAGUAAUGAAUUGAUUGUGAUCAUUCAUAAUAUGGCAUGUUUGUGAGAGCGAAUGCAAGGUUGCGUGUGUUUGAAAGAAUAUGUAAUGAUUUUUUAAAAUUCAGAUUUUUUUAUAUACAGGAACGCACCAAGUUUCCAGAUGAUUUUUUUUUUUUUUUUUUUACUCAUAAUGCCAAUUGAUUAAAGUGUUGCUGUAACAGCCUCACAUUCAUUCUUUACACUCCCAGGAUCGACUCCCCUUCGGCCAGUAUUGUUGUACAGUUUCAAUAUUCUACCAUAUUUUCAUAAUCAUCAAAGAUUUAUUUCUUUCUCCUGUCAUUUUGUUCAUUUCUCAGAUCAGAUGAAGUUUGUUCAGUCCUCAAAGGUUGGAUUUUGUCGUUAGGAGACGAGAUAUUAUGUCUUUGUCUGAAGAAUUUGGGGAUUAUGUGUUUUGUCUGGAGUCUUGGAUGUUAAAUGUCUUUGCACUGUCAUGCUUUUAGCUUUGUUUUGCACCUCAUGAGAAGGAACAGAGUAGGCGACAGAGGAAAUGUGCACUUAAGAGAACAAAGAAGUCUAGUUGAAGAGUUUUGUUUCAAAACCAUUUCCACUAUUGACAUAUUCUUAUUAACAAUUGAUUGUACGUCAGUUGAAAGAAUAACAUUUAUACAGACUGGAGUGAUGAAAUUCAGGUAUUGAUAUUUUUUGGAAUAGAACUCUUCAAUUGUACGCGAUGAAUGCACUGCCGAUGAAUGCCAUUACCACUUUUGUACUCUGUUUGCCACAGCCUUGCAUCAGAAGUCUUAUGAUUGUCGGCCUUGUCGCUGUGACCACAAGCAGUAGCGCACGUGUUGUUUUCCACACAGGUCCAGGCCUUCAUCUCCAUCCUGACAAAUCCAUUCGAGCUGUUUUCUCACCCUCUGAUAUGCAGUAGUUUUAAAAGGACCAUGCCAGUGAUUUUUCAUGUUUUAGCCCAUUUACUACAAAUCAUAUACUUUACUGUGAACCACUUUGUAAAUCAUGCUGCUGUGUUUUACAAGUUUGAAUGUAUUUUUAUUGUGUAACCACUCAGGGUGUCCAUUGGUUUCCACUCUAUUUCUUAUGGUAUGAAAAUCUACUUGAGUUUUUUUUUUAAACAUAUUACUUUUUCAUUCAAAAAUGACAAACUAAACACAACUUUACCUAAAUCAAAAGUCAAAUCUGGCAAAAUUUUGUUUUAAAUCAGAAAUGGGCCGAACAGAAAAUAAGUAAACACUCAAUACUAGGUGCUACUGACACAUUUCAGCCAGUACCAAAAAAGAGGUUCAACAGCUGCCCCUAUGAUACACUGCAGACUUUUCACAUUACUCUCCACUUAAACUACCCUACCAGUAUACGACCGUACAACUGUAAUGUAACCAACAAAGAUAAAUCCAGGCUUGAUGUCUCUGUUAUGGAUUACACGACUCCAGCAAGUUUCAAGAGUCUUCUAAUCUUCAUACCAAAGGAAAUUAAUAAAAAUCAAUGGCUGCUCCAAACAGUUGGAAAAACACAGAACUGUAUGGCAUGCAUUUGAAACUAACAAAAAUGUAAAGUAUACAUGAUUUGUAGUUUAAAAGAAAAAAACAAAACA